UAAAAAUGGAACCGAUGAAUUUUGACAUUUAUGUUCAUAGCUGUAGACUUCUUUCGUUUGUAAACAAAACUAGUAUAUCUAUUUAAGAUACUAUUAGUAAGCUUCUUCUAGAAUACACAAAGAUUACAGCCUACAGAUUUUCGAUAUUUGUAGCGAUGGCGACAUAUUCAGCAUCUGGCAACUGUGUGGAGUUGGCGAUUGAUCCCCUGAUUACCUGCAAGCUGUGUUUGAUGGAGUGUACCCUACCUGACAUGUACGAGCUGCAUGACUGCAAGUGUCUGUACUGUGAAUCGUGUGUGCGACAGUAUCUGGCAGUGAUGAUAGCAGAGGGGAGCAUCAUGGACAUUACAUGCCCGGACUCACAGUGUCGGAAACAGGGCAGGAUUGAAGUGCAUGAGAUUGAAAAGUUAGUUGACAGACAACAUUUUGACAGAUACAAAAGACUACGUUUCCAGAGGGAAAUCGAUAACGAUCCCAACAAGACGUUUUGUCCUGAGGCUGGUUGUGAAACGGUCUGCCAUGUUUGCUCAAACCCCCCACCUCAACAUGACCAGACUGUCCAACCCAUUCCAGUACAGUGUCCCACAUGUGGUCUACGAUUCUGUUCCAUCUGUAAAUCCAAAUGGCAUGCUGCCAAAAGUUGUGAUGAAGUCAUGACAGCAGGAAGACAUGAAGAUAUCGGCAUUCCAUUUAGCAGUGCUGAGGAUGCGAGGAUUAAGCGAUGUCCGGUUUGUCAUGUCCCCAUCGAGCGGAAUGAUGGAUGCGCACAGAUGAUGUGUAAGCGGUGCAAGCACGUCUUCUGUUGGUACUGCCUCACGUCUCUAGAUGAUGACUUCUUGCUGCGUCACUAUGACAAGGGACCAUGUAAAAACAAACUUGGACAUUCUCGUGCAUCUGUGAUAUGGCAUCGCACUCAGGUUGUUGGAAUUUUUGCUGGAUUUGGCGUUUUGCUCUUGGUUGCCUCCCCUUUCCUCCUCCUGGCCGCCCCAUGCAUCCUGUGUUGUAAGUGCAAGAUGUGCAGGUGUUGUGAGGACGAAGAUGGGGAUGGAAUACCCACUUGACACGCAGACCACAGAGACGUGUUCAAAUCUUGGUACCAUCCACCAGUGUGCUGUAAACACGUCUUCAUCCUUAGGCACACAGAAAUUUUGGGGGAAGGGGGGUGUUUUGGGGGAUGGAGGGUACAUGACAUAUUUAUUUAAUUGGUGAGGUCAUGUGCAAUGGACUGUUAUUUCAGAGACAGGUCAGUUAUUGUUUUUCAAAUGACUACAAGAAGUCUGCUUUUGUUUUCUGAAAACAGUAGUUUUCAUGAAUCAGAAAGUUAAAUGUACCGACUGACUUGGGGGUAGUUUUAAAAUGUUGAUUUUCGUGUUUUGUUGGAUCUGUGUUGAGCAACAUUUUGAAAUCGAUGAAAGGACUCGAACAGAAUUGGAGAGAUGUGCAAUUUCGAGAGCGUGUUUUCAGCCAGAGGUUGGAGCAAUGUUUCUUGAAGGUGAUCAUCGAGUUGAUGUUGUGAUAACUACAGUGUAGAUGAGUCUACACUGCACCUUACAGCCUUACAGAGAGCUUUCCAUGAGGUGACAAUUCCACUGAGAAAGUGCCCGUCCUUCAUGUUACUGAUGUCAUUUAAUUCUCACACAAAUUAGCUUCAUUAGCGAUACACACAUUUACUGUCAUCAUCAUGCCAGCUGUGACAAAAUACCAUCGCAGACUUUGACGCCAACUCAUUUUCGUCUAGCCUUGAUCAAGUUGAACAGUGAGGGCAUCAGUUUUCUUCAUCAUGUUUUUGUGAUUGUGUUUCCCUACAAAGUAUAAGCCCUUGAUCAAUGAAACUUGGAUCAUAGGUGUACCUGUGAAUGUCGUCUCAUUGCAUGUAAAAUUUUGUUUUAAUUAAUAUGUAAAUAACACCAUAUUCAACAUGAAUUUUAUUUAACAAAUAUAUAAUGAUUAUGUAUAUAUUUUAAAAAUGUAAAUAUGAGUUUAAAAAAAAAAGCUGAAUGCAAUAUUUCUAAUCUGAUGGCUUACAGCAAAUUAGUUUAGGGAAGAUAGAUUUAAUUAUCAUUAAAAUUGAUUGCCAAAAUGGUAUGCCAAUAGUUUUGAAAAAUUAAAAAAAUAUCUUUAUUGUUUAGUUUAUGGUCGAAUAUAUCUGAUAUUAAUUUUGAAUCAUACUGUUUAGUAUUUUACCAUUUCUAUAACCAUAGUAAUCUUGUCAAAUUGUUGGUACAAGUGGUCGUAAUGUUAAAACAUAUUUAACUCUGUUACAGCUUCAUAUAUUUGCCAUUGCAGAGGUUGUAUGAAAUUUUAAUCUUUUUUCUUUCUGGAAAAAUAACUCUAAAUACUAGUAGCUGAAACAUUUAUGAGAAACUUUUGCUUUUAAUUUUUGAAAACCAGUAUUAAAUCUGAAAGUUGAUUCAAUCAAAAAUUAAUGGAGCUUUUUUAUAUGGAAUUGUACUAAUAGUUCUGGAACUAAAAGAUAUAUUCUUUAUAACUUAGUGUGAUAAUGUUAUGCAUUGAUAAAUAAUUUGUUCAUCAGAAUUCACUUACUUUAUAAUGGGUAUCUCGAAAUCAAAAUAUAUUUAAAUUGGGUGAUAAUUUUAACUUAAAAUAUCACUUUAACAAAUACAUUUAGCCAAUUUACCUGUCUUUUAAAUGAAUCGAUGAAUGAAUGUUUAUGUGACAAGGAUAAGAUUUUAUUUAAAAUCUGAUCUUUGUCAUAUAAUACAAUUGUAAUAAUUAUUUACAUAUGCACUUUGCUGUUGUUGUUUUGUUUAAUAACUAAGCUAUUUUAAUCAGUCGUUCAUACAGUGUUAAAUAAUUGAUUGUGUGUUAAAAUGAUUCCCUUUAACUGUUUCAUUAACAAAUUUUUAAUUGUAGAAUAUAUUUUUAAUAGAUAUGAAUUAUAAUGCCAAAUGGAUUGAAUGAGUAUACCCACAUUUGAGGUUAUCAUUAAAAAUUAAAUAUUUCAGUUAAUAACAGCCUGUAUGCCAAAAACAGAAAUGGUAAUGCUUGUUUUCUAUUUCACUAUAUUAACUUCAUUUAUUUUCACAAGUGUUUUUAGCAAGUUCUCCCCAAAACGUAAGAUGAUCAAAUUGCAAACAUAGCUAUAAUAAUGAAAUGAUCCAGUAUGUGAUGGCAACAUACCACAGAAAACACCACAGAUUCUAGGGUAAUACAUUUUGCAUGAAAUAAUAAAAUAUUGGGCCAAUUAGCACCUUUUCCCCCACUUUCGGAAGACAUUUUCAAAUUUAAAUGUUUAGUAGAACAGCUUCAGAUUGAAAUGUAUGUACAGGCAAACACAGAAUGAUAUAAUAAAUUCUUCUUAAUACUUGCGAAAAAUUUACUCAUCAGUCAACUGUUCCUCACAAUGCAAGUUAACAAGUACAUUGUACGUGGAAACAUUGUGUGUGUACAUUGUAUUAAUGAACUUGGGCUACACACAAAAAUGUGUUAUUGUAUGUUUUCUACUAACUAUAAUUACAUAAAAACUCUGAUAAAGUAGUCCUAUGAUGCUGUUACUAAAUGGUUGUAAGAAGUAGAGCAAAUAAUCUUGAAUGCGACCUAUACAAAAUCUAUAUAGUUGCAAUUGGGGUGAGUGGUUAAGGGGAGAAACCAACAUAAAGACUUUUCUGGGUUAGAAAGUUCUAUCUUGCAAAACAUUUUUUCUUCAGUUGGUAGCUAAAAAAUUUUUUGCCCAAGCUUGACAUUGAGCUUGGUACAUACAAAUAUUUUCUUUCUUCAGUUGUUUGUACUUAGAACAAAAUAAGAGAACACUUGGUAUUAUCAAUCACAUUUUAAUUUUUGACCAGCAUGGUAGUAUCAGUGUAACAUACAAAGAUGUAAUGUGGGAGUGAAUUUCAGUAACAGUGUAAUUCCUGACAAUAUCUCUGUAAUGAAAACUGUGUUUGUAAACAGCUGAGAACCUGCUUUCAUCACACCAUUAUGCUAGGUUGUGUGGGAUUAAGAAUGAGAUCACGUUUCCUGCACCAAGACCGUUUCGAAUAUGAGUGAGAGUGUUCGUAGCAGUCAUUCUUUGCUUUUAUUAUUUAUUACAUUAUAAUCCCUUAUUUUUAUUCCAUCAGAGAAUAAUUAGGGUUUUUUAAUCAUAUAAUGAGAAAUUCAUAUCCACAGAUACAAUACUUCUUCAUAUAGCAAUUUGUAUAUUGUUUUGUGUUCAUACCAAUGUUGUUCAAACUGUUAUACAAAGCUUACCAAAAUCUUUGAUAUAUUUAGUUUUUCUCAUUAUUAUUUACAUUAUGUCUCAUCAUGUCCUUAUUCCACUGUGUGAGUUGCUGUGUUCUGUUGUGUGUAUAUAUAAUAUACCGUUUAUAUAAAAUCAUUCGUCUGUUGGUUGAGUUCAUUCACAAGUUAAUCUGUUAUGAAAAACCUAUUGGAUAACACUGUCUCUAACACAACACAAUGUUGUCUUAUUUGAUCAGUUCAAAGGGAGGGUUGAAUAGUUAUUAGUUGUGUUGGCUCUUUUUAGUUUUAGGUGUUUGCUUUUUCCUUUAAUGCUCAUUGCAUAGUUUAAAUUGCAGCGGAACUGGAAUGAAAAUAAAAUUGAAUGCAUUU